AUGAGUCGACAAGUGUUGGAAGGCAAGAUAUCAGAGUAUCAGAUUUCAGCUGAUGUUCUCAGUUUUAGGAGUCGUAUAUGCAUUCCUCAGGAUGCUGAGCUGAGAAAGAAGAUUCUUACGGAAGCUCAUGACACACCAUACACUGCACAUCCUAUAGCAACCAAAAUGUAUGUCAGCGAACCCUCCCAUAUCUUGAAAGCAGAAGAAAUGGAAUUAGAGGAGAAUCUUGUUUAUGAGGAGUUCCCAAUUCAGAUAUUGGACAAAAAAGUUAUAGAGCUCCGAAAUAAGAGUAUUACAUUAGUAAAAGUUCUAUAUAGGAAUCAUACAGUAGAAGAAGCUACAUGGGAAGUGGAGCAAGAUGUAAGCAACCGCUAUCCUAAAUUGUUCAGUUGA